GGAAUCAUGUUUAUCACAACAAAGUUUGACGUUUGUUUAUCAGUUCAAAAAGUUCAUGAAGUCCUUUGGAGUUCUUUAAUUUUAGACCUGAAAAAUUUAAAUUUAUUCCUAUAAAUCAUCUACAUUUGGUAACAACAACCGUGGCUUACCAUGGCAUCGUCCGGAGAUGGCGAAUCAUUUCCCACAAACGUUACCAUUCUGCAGUAUUUGCUGGAAAACGAGACGGCAAAAACUUCGGGCGUUGGUUCGAGUGCAAAAGAUUACGAUGUCUCAUCGACGGCGAUGGUGGAUCGAUCAGGAAGCGAUAACAAGCGCUCGGAUCCGGAGCCGAUUACGGUCUAUGAGUGCCCUAAGCCCGGAUGUGACAAGCACUACCUGCAGUUGGAUCAUCUUAAGGCGCACGAAAAAAUACAUUCUGGCGAUUUGGUCUGCAAAUGGGAGUCUUACCCGGAGGAGCGUGAUACGGAGGAAGAUGGAGAGGAAAGUGGGCUGAAGUUUCUGCUGAAAAAUGAAAAUCUGGAACUGGUUUACGAGGACAGUGAAUCAGAAGCAGAAAAAGAUGGCAACCUGGUGGUUGAAGUGGAACAGUGCUCUGGCUCCGAAGCGGAAGAGGAGGUAGAAUGUCUACCGGAAAUACUAACAGACGAAGACAUGCAAAUUCCUGACUAUCUGGAUCAAGAUAGUAACACAGUCGGUGAAGGAGAAAGACGCAUAAUACAAGUGUACGAUGCUGAUGUGAACCUGGAGGAAAAUUUCGUACUCCUGGAAGAAGAUCCGGAUGAAUAUGUGCAAAUUAGCUCUAAUCAGGACCAGCCUAUGCGAACAUUUUCAACAAAAGCUAGGAAGUUCCCUUGUCCGUGGGAGGGAUGUAAAAAAUCGUAUACAAAAUCCUCACAUAUAACAGCCCACAUGCGAGUGCAUACCGGAGAAUUGCCUUUCGUUUGCACCUGGGAAGGAUGUGAUGGCCGCUUUUCACGGGCGGAAACUCUCACCAGACACUUCCGGAAGCACUCAGGGGAACGAAAUUUUGGAUGUCCUGUGUGCAGUGCAUCGUUUCUAAGGAAAGACCACCUUCGAGGUCAUAUGAAACGGCAUAACAUAGAUCGUUUUGUCAUAGAGAAGGUCAUCAAAAGCCCGGACAAAACAAAACCAACCUCUAUGAAGCUGUCGGCCAUUGCAUCAAGACAGGGUAACAAAGCCAAGCGAAAACGGAAACCAUCGACUCCGGCGGCCAGCAGUUCCCGGAAUUACACCUGCACCCAUCCGGGAUGCGACAAAAGCUACACCCGAGCUAGCCAUUUAAAGGCGCACGAAAUCCUACAUGGCGAAAAUUUGCCAUUCCGGUGUCCCUGGGAGGAUUGUGGAAGAUCCUUUGCAAGGUCGUUCGAAUUGUCACGCCAUAGGCGGCAGCACACCGGAGAGAAGAAGUUCGUUUGUCACAUCUGCCAACAGGCGUUCAUGCGGAGUGACCACCUGUCUAUGCAUGUCAAAAGGCACAUAUUUAGAGCGCAUAAGGACGACCAGUAGCGGUUUAAUUUUAAUAUUAUUCGACUGACUAUGCAUAUGCAUAUAAAUAUUUUAUUUUGUUCAUGUACUUUAAGAAUAAAAGAUAUCCAACAGUA